AUGGCUAGGAAAUCUAGGAUUAGGAAAAUGGGGAAUUUGAGGAAUGCAUUUAGGAAGAAGAGUACAUCUAAGAUGAGAAGUGAAAGGAAUGGGAGCUUUAGGCAUCCGAGGUUUAGGAAGCUAGGCGGAUCCAGGAUUUUUACUUCCAAUGGUCGACACCAGCCUUCGGGCAAUAGCCCAGGCGAUUCUUGCCCGUGGGCUUGCUUAGGCUCGCGGGACCCACCCCUUGCCCGGGCUGGACUUGGCGCGCUGGAGCUACAAUAUGGCCCCUUCCUAUCCAGGUAUGCCCCGUGCGGUAGACUUGCCCUUUGA